GUACCAUUUGCCCUACACGUCGUCUCCUUGUGUUAUAAUACGGCACCAGGGCUAGUCAUUGCUUUCUGGAUCGUACUGGUGUGAAAAUAACAUCGGAAAACCGCAACCAUGCACAAAUCAGAGGCACCCAAGGAACCUGAGCAGCUGCGUAAACUCUUUAUUGGAGGCCUAAGCUUCGAGACCACAGAUGAUAGCUUGCGUACCCAUUUCGAGCAAUGGGGAGCCCUCACAGAUUGUGUGGUGAUGAGAGAUCCAAACUCGAAGCGUUCCCGUGGCUUUGGCUUUGUUACCUAUUCAUCAGCCGAGGAGGUUGAUGCUGCUAUGGAAGCCAGACCACACAGAGUUGAUGGGCGCGUGGUUGAACCCAAAAGAGCUGUCUCCAGAGAGGACUCUCAGAGGCCAGGAGCACACCUCACUGUCAAAAAAAUAUUUGUGGGCGGUAUAAAGGAAGAUACAGAGGAGCAUCAUUUACGAGAUUAUUUUGAGCAGUACGGAAAGAUUGAUGUUGUUGAGAUAAUGACAGACAGAGGCAGCGGCAAGAAAAGGGGAUUUGCUUUUAUUACGUUCGAUGAUCAUGAUUCGGUGGACAAGAUUGUCAUUCAGAAAUAUCAUACCAUCAAUGAUCACAACUGUGAAGUGAGGAAGGCACUCUCAAAGCAGGAAAUGGCAUCGGCAUCAGCUAGUCAGAGAGGUCGCGGUGGUCCUGGGAACUUUGGCGGUAGAGGUGGAUUUGGUGGAAAUGACAACUUUGGAGGACGUGGCGGAAACUUUGGCGGUAGAGGUGGUGGGUUCAGUGGACGUGGUUAUGGCGGUGAUAACUAUGGUAACUCUUAUGGUAACGAAGGAGAUUAUGGAAGCAGCCCACCAUACUCUGGUGGACGUGGCUAUGGAGGCGGACAAGGUGUUGGUUAUGGCGGAAAUGGAGGUGGAUAUGAUGGUUACAACAACGGAGGCGGCUACAGUGGAGGAAAUGGCAACUACGGAGGCAGUGGUGGAGGAUACAAUGAUUUCGGAAACUACACUAGUCAAUCAUCUUCCAAUUAUGGUCCAAUGAAAAGUGGCAAUUAUGGUAGCAGGAGCUCUGGUGGUCCUUACGGUGGAGGUGGCUACAGUGGUGGAUCUGGUGGCAGCAGUUAUGGAGGUGGAAGAAGAUUUUAGUGUUCCUCCAGGAGGCAGUGCUUAGCAGGAGAGGAGAGCCAGGCAAGCGACAGGUUACUACAAAUGUUGAAUUCAGCCAAGCACAGUUGUGGCAGGGCAUAGCUGCUACAUGAAGAAUUGUUAGUAAAUCAUUUAUUUGUGAGGAAUGCUCACAGGACUAUUUGACAUAAGUCUUCAAAAAAAAAAAGCUUAUGUUUGGAAGUGUAAAGCAUUCCUUAAACUGGGUUUUUAAUGUAUAGGAUUAUUUUAUUUUCCCUGCGGUCGUGGUGUUUGAGAAACUGUACAAAUUGAUCAUGACUCCCGAAUAAAUCCAUUUUUGUUUUUUUUAA